CUCGAAGAAGUAAGGGAGGGAGAAGUAAGCAGUAACCUACUGAGAAUGGAGUGCUUCCCUGUUUUGAAGAUCUCAUUUCCUUUCAAUGAGAAAAACUGAAAGCUGGUGGAUACCGGACAGUGUGCGUUCUGUUGCGUAAAGAUUGGUGUUACAACACACGCACAUGGAUCGACACUGGCCUGGUUGGUCCCGGGCACGAUGUCAGGACAACGGUGUCGACCCAGAGCGAGAAAAACGUUAUGCCGAACUGUUCGAGCAACUGGACCUGAACAAGGACGGGAGGAUCGACGUGCAUGAGCUGCAAACAUGGAUGACAGCCCGAGGACAAUCGAAGAGCGCAGUAGAAGAGCAGAUAGUGCGGGAGGGGGACACCAACAAGGACGGCGAGCUGGACUUUGAGGAGUUUUCCAAAUACCUACGCGCCCACGAGAAGGCGCUCCGCCUCAUGUUCCGAAGCUUGGACCGAAACAACGAUGGUGAGAUAGACAUGGCGGAGAUCCAGCAGUCUCUGCAAAGCCUGGGGGUGGAUGUGUCCAAGGUUCAGGCUGCGAAAAUAAUGCAGAGCAUAGACAAGGACGGCACCAUGACCAUCGACUGGAACGAGUGGCGGGAUCACUUCCUCUUCAACCCCAUCCACAACAUUGAGGACAUCGCCCGCUACUGGAAACACUCGUUUAUGUUGGACAUCGGGGAGAACCUGAUCGUGCCCGACGACUUCACGGAAGAGGAGAAGAAAUCCGGGGCGGUGUGGAGGCAUUUGAUGGCGGGGGCCAUGGCGGGGUCCGUGUCCCGCACGGGCACCGCCCCGCUGGACCGCAUCAAGGUCUUCCUGCAGUGCAGUGUGGACGUGCUGCAGGUCUACGGCUCCAGCUCGGGCCGGAUGAGGCUGUGGAGCGGGCUGAGGGGCAUGGUGGGGGAGGGGGGCAUGAGCGCCCUCUGGAGGGGCAACGGCAUCAAUGUGCUCAAGAUCGCCCCGGAGACCGCCAUCAAGUUCAUGGCCUACGAGCAGAUUAAAAAAAUAAUCAGGGGCAGUAAAGAUGGUGCGUCGCUGCGGGUGCAGGAGCGCUUUCUGGCCGGCUCCCUGGCUGGAGCCACUGCCCAGACUGCCAUCUACCCCUUGGAGGUGCUGAAGACCCGCUUGACCCUGCGUACGACGGGACAGUAUUCGGGGUUAACAGACUGCGCCCGGCAGAUCCUGCAGAAAGAAGGUGUUGGGGCAUUCUACAAGGGCUAUCUGCCCAACGUUCUGGGCAUCAUUCCAUAUGCGGGCAUCGACCUGGCCGUCUAUGAGACACUGAAGAACGCCUGGCUGCUGCGAUAUGGUGAAAGCUCGGCAGACCCUGGGGUUCUGGUGCUGGUGGGUUGCGGCACUUUGUCCAGUACCUGUGGCCAGGUAGCCAGUUACCCGCUGGCUCUGAUCCGAACCCGCAUGCAGGCUCAGGCCUCUUUGGUUGGAAGUCCACAGUUGUCUAUGCUGGGUCAGUUAAAGCACAUAGUGUCCCAGGAAGGGCUGCAGGGACUGUACCGGGGGAUCGUCCCAAACUUCCUGAAGGUCAUUCCGGCAGUCAGCCUGUCCUACGUGGUGUACGAGAACGUGAGGAGGGCCCUGGGAGUGGACUCCAGAUAGCCAGCGGGAAAAGGGUGCCAUCUAUAGGAAAUUCUGAAGACCAGCAAGGGGGAGGACCUAGCUGGGAAACUGUGGGCAGGGCUGAGAGGAGGGGACAAGAGGCGACAGUCACAAAGGGAGGAGAUAUGGAGGGAUGAGGAGAGACAGCAUGCUGGAGGCCCACUAAGAGACAGACAACUGUAUAAAAAAACAACAGUAUUUUUAGCAAAUGUGUUGCAAGAACAAUGUACUAUGCAGAUAAACAAUAUUCAAUGGGUGACUCCCAGUUCAAGCCAAAGUUUGGGAAAUGGUGCAAGAGAUGGUGUGACAUGACCAUGUUUUAUUUGAUCCAUUUUAUUGGAUUUUUAUUUAUAUAUUUAUUUUCUCCCAAGUUUUAGUCCAACGAUGAUAUUUCACUUUAUUUUAUGUACUGUUACCAGUGACAGUCUGCAUGAAUACCUUGAUGGAUUCAGGCCCAGUCUCUCUGUGCUUCAGAACAGGAAGAGAAACAAGCUUGGCAAAAGGUGCUCUCAAGAGCUUUGCAUGACAGUUGUAUCGAAUGAAGAUUUGUGUGUCAUAACCUGCUGACAAUACCGUAACAUUUUGAUUCACGUAGUUUGUAUAUAUAGAAGUGUGUUAUGAUUGAUGGCUUUAUUGAAGAGAAAAGGUUAAAAGAUGCUACCUGGUCAGGCUUCUGGGCAGUACUAGAACAGAUGAAGUUUUUUCUUUCUGUAUGCAAGGAAGUUGGGAAUUCUUCAAGCCAAUACACAAACUAUGUGUGUGCAAGUCCCAAAGCCAUUCAGCUGUGGUGGAGCUACAUUCGCAUAAUUGUAAGGUGCUUAUUCGCAAGCAGGGGUAAGAUUUCAAAAUAAGUGACUGUGACUUCUGGAGCUCAACAGAAAGGAGGCGUCCAAAAAAAGAAAGUUACAGCAUUUGUAAUACGAAGCAACAACAGCUGUGCAUCAGGUUUUCUAGCGAGUGAAAAUGUAUUUUUAACCAAGCGUGGAGAAGCAGGCUUUCGCUUUCGGGCACUUUGCUGAAUUGAAUCGAGCGGUUGCAAGUGGAAUGAUGAAUGUAAAGCCACUUCCAGUUCCAGGUAAUACUCCAAAAGGCCAGGUCACUAAUACAACCCACCCCGGGACUGACUGGGUGUUACUAACCACCCCCCCCCCCCCUACAAGCUGACAUAACAUCACUCAGGCCUGACAUCAUUUAUUUACAGUAUGUGAUAAUUUAUUGAUUUUUUUUUUCUUAAUGAAACUUUAUUUAGAAGUGUUACUUGUUAGGUGUGUGAGUAUUCCAGGCAAUGCUUGGCUGCUGCUGCAGUCUUAAGCAGCGGUAUCAGGCUGAGUAGGUUCUUCACAGCUCUAGACUGUGCUGUUAGCACUGAGCAAGGUAGUCUCUGUGAAAAUGAUUUUUCUGUGAUCACAACUGAUUGUUUUACCUGACAUUUCUCUACCAGGGAACGACCAUGCAUAUUACAAGCACGUCUGCUUAACAGAACCAUCCCCACCUAGUAUGCUGUUUUAAUUUAACACGUCAGUGAAGUAAUGCAGUCCGAUAAAACAGUCACUGCUGAUAUUCAUACGUUCAAUUUGAUGUUUGAUGAUCCCUACUUUUCUGUUGAUAACCCAGCAGAGGAUACACUGAGGGAGCAUGAAAUGGCUGCCUGAUUUCUCACAUUGGGAGGACAGAAAUGAACAACUUUAUAGGUGUGCUCCUUGUCUAAGCUGAGAGGCUUCACUACUAUCUGGAGUACAGUUAAACUAAAAUCCACUGCCGUUUUUGAAUACAUGCACAUGCAUGCAUCUGUACUGACUGAACAUAUUCUACCUGGACUGUUAUCUUUUUAAUAUAUCAUUAACGUUGUGGUUGCCUGUUCUAAAAUAUAUAUAUAUAUAUUACUUGGUUUUAUAGUCCAAGGGUGGCUGAACGCAUGGUGUUAAGAGAUAUGCCUGCAAAGUAUUACAUUAAAUGUGUUACUAGCAUCAGAAGAAAAUGAUACUGAAUAGCUGCCCCUUUUUGUACAUAGUCUUUCCUGAUUUACAUGCACAUCUGUACUAUAUUUUUUAAUAGAAGUUGCUCUACAGUAUGUCAGUUGUCAACAUUUCCACCAGGUAUUGCCUGAGCAGAGACACAACACUGCUGUCGGCCAUAUUGCAAUACUCAACAAAAUACUUUGACUUAACAAAAAGGAAAUUAUGACAUCAGAGAGGGAUAAAUGAUAUCAUUGGUCAGUAUGGGCUGACCUGCAAUAAGAAAGGAGGAGAGAGGAAGAUUAUCUCAGGGGCUGUAUCAAUUGACAUAUGGAUUUAUUUAUAAAUGUGACUAAUUAGCCUUAUAGGAUGCCAACACUGGUAUAAAACAGUUGCACAUCCCAAAAGCUGUUGGCCUGGACACAGGACAGCCACUACAGUACAAUUAUAAGUUGACAUUAACUGUUCUUUUGUUUUUGUUUUUUGACAGAGAAUAUGAAUAACACUACUUGGAGUACAAACUGUUUUACGAUCAUUUAGUCUACAUUAUGUUUAUAAAAUGAGGUUUUGUGUUGCUUUAAAUUACUUUGCAGCUGACAAUUUUCCAACUCAAAUGCAAAUUAAUUUGAGAAAAUCUUGUGUGACUUCAUCAAACUCAUGAAUGUACCUUGGAUGUUUAACUUUAUUCAGCAGAGCUGUUUUCAACUUGUUAACUAUUCUACUGUGUGAUUUUGAGCUGCUGUUCAUUCUCAUCUUCAUUUCCCAUAAAAGUGAUACUUUAUUUGUUGCACUGUAUGCUGAAUUAGAUUUUUGGGGCUUGCUUGCAAAAUUUUCUGUUAAUGGAACAAUAAAGUAUUAAUUUUACAAUA